AAUUCUCUUAUUCCUUCAACUCUUCCUGAACCCAUGACAGCUAGUGAGGCAGCUGCUAGAAAAAGCCAAAUAAAAGCAAGAAUAACAGACACUGUUGGACCAACAGAAACCUCAAUUGCACCACGACAAAGACCAAAGGCCAAUUCGAACACUGCCACUUCAAGUGUGCUGACGAUCCAGAGCUCAGCAACUCCAGUCAAAGUGCAAGUUCCUGGUGAAUUUGGUAAUCGUGGGCCAAAAGGAACCACGCGACCAGGGAACGGACAAGAAAUUUUACCAUCCCAAGGGACCACCCAGCACCCCCCGCAGCAGAACAGAGUUCUUCAGCAGCUGCAACAGGGCGACUGGAGACUGCAGCAGCUACACCACCUGCAUCACCACCACCAGCAGCAGCCUAUGGUGCAGGACACUUACAUUCAGCAGUACCAACAAGCAAUGCACCACCAGAUGGUCCAGCAGCAGCUGUUGAUGCAGUCUGUGUACCAGCAGCAACCUCCCCAGUCUCAAUAUCCCGCUAUGGUGCAGCAAUAUCAGCAGGCUCUCCUACACCAGCACAUGCUUGCUCAGCAGCAACAGCGGUCUCAACAGGCACAGUCUCCUGAAUAUAUCACUUCUCCACAAGACUUCUCACCAGCCUUCAUCUCCUACCCUGGGUCAGUCCCAGUGCAUGCUGGAACAGUGGCAGAUCCCCCCUACCCUGCAAGCAGGUCAGGUAUUCCUGAUGCAGAAUCAAUCUCCAGUUACCCAAAGCAGAGCAUCAAUAACCCACCUGAUAUGUCAGGCUGGAACCCAUUUGGAGAGGACAAUUUCUCCAAGCUGACAGAGGAGGAGCUGCUGGACAGAGAAUUUGACCUGCUAAGAUCAAACAGGCUGGUGGACAGGAGAACAUCUUCAGAUAAGAAUGUGGAGCCACAUUCUGCUCCACAGGAAAAUCCUCCUGAAGAUCCCUUUGGUUCUCUUCCUUUCAUUUCUCACCCAGGUUCCCCUGGAAAACAAGUGGAUAACUUGGCUAGCAAUCAAGGAAAUAACUUAGGGACCCCAACCAAGGCUGGAAAACUAAGCCACGCUUUUAGAGAUCCUCGUCAAGGGAGGAAGACUGUAGAGGGACAAGUGACAAAAGGAGGCGAUGAAUCAGAGAGUGACUUUGAAUCUGAUCCUCCUUCUCCCAAGAGCAGUGAAGAAGAAGAAGAACAGGAGGAUGAAGAAGUCUUGCAAGGAGAGAAUGGAGACUUUAAUGAUGAUAAUGAUACAGAACUGGAGAAUUUAGGCCACCGACCUCUCCUUAUGGACUCUGAGGAAGACGUGGAGGAAGAGGAAGAAGAGAAGCAAAGUUCUGACUCUGAUACUGAUCGUACUAAGCAUAAAUCUGUGGAACUUCUGAGCAGUAGGUUCAGAGAUAGUGUGGGUGGUGGUGAAAUGAAAGAACCCAGUUCAAUGCAGACGGCCUUGUCUGAGAUGUCAAGUACUGUAAUCAAGGUGAACCCUGGGCAAGAAUUUGAUGUGUUUGGGGCAGUGCCCUUUUUUACGCUGCAACAUCAGGCAAGGGAGAAGAUGGACAAAGAUGUCUCUCCUCAGAUGGCUUUUCCCAGCCUGAAUCAAGAGCAGGAUGACUUUGAUGUUUUCACAAAAGCCCCCUUCAGCAAAAAGGUACCUCAGCAAGAUGGCCAGCUGGCGGGAACUGAGCCUUUGCUUUCCCCCACCUCUCCACGGAGUGUUGAUAUUUUUGGCUGCACCCCAUUUCAGCCUUCCCUUCUCCCCAAGACCGGUGGGAGCAAAGAGGACCUGUUUGGGCUGGUUCCUUUUGAAGAGAUCACAGGGAGUCAGCAGCAGCAGAAGAUGAAGCAGCAGCGUAACCUGCAGAAACUUUCUUCCCGCCAAAGGCGCGUGAAACAGGAGGUUUCAAAGAGCAAUGGUAAGCGUCACCAUGGCACCCCGACCACCACGAAGAAGUCACUGAAACCCAGCUACCGCACCCCAGAGAGAGCCCGCAGGCACAAGAAGGCAGGCCGCAGGGACUCGCAGAGUAGCAACGAGUUCCUGACCAUCUCGGAUUCCAAAGAGAACAUAAGCGUGGCAUUGACGGACAGCAAAGAUCGAACCAACCCCCUGCAGGCAGAUGAGAGUCUGCUGGAUCCUUUCGGAGCCAAACCCUUCCACCCACCAGACUUGAUGCGGCAUCCCCAGCAUCAAGGGUUCGGUGACAGCCGUGGGGAUCAUGGCUCAGUGCUGGUGGCUGGUAGAGUGUGGCAGAGCUCCCUGCACGGAGCCCUUCAUGGUGGGGAUGGGCUGAAAACGGAUGACUUUGGUGCAGUACCCUUCACAGAGCUGGUUGUGCAGAGCGCACAGAGCCAGCAGCAACAGGCGCUGGAGUUAGAUCCGUUUGGAGCAGCUCCAUUUCCUUCCAAACCGUAG